GUUGAGGUACCACCCGAUUUAUAACAUACGGAGUAAUUUGCCCCAGAUUUACUAAUGGGUUUCAUACCCCAAUGCUUAAACCCUGUAGGAGCACUCUGGCCGUUGGAAGUGGGUGACAAUGGGAAAGCACGGGAAGAAGCAAAACAACCACCGCAGAGGAGCAAGAAACACCCCCUUUCUCGGAGAAGACGAAGUAGAAGCUGGGGACCAAUACCCGCCCGCUCAAGAUCUCCAACAAGAACACGAAGAAGAAGAAGAGGAAGAAAACAAGGACGAAAUCGAUGGAGAUUUACCUGCACCCACCAAUGAUCCGCCUUCAAAAUUCGCGCUUUAUCAGCAAUCCGUUCAGUCUCCGAAAGGGGACAUAAGCUAUCUGCAGAAGUUCUUUUUGAUGUACGUCGGAGGAAGGGUCCCUCUCCAUCUCCAGGAAGAUUUCUGUGGCACUGCUCUCUUGAGUGCAGAGUGGGUUCGCAGUGACGCCAGACGAACAGCUGUGGGAAUAGAUUUGGAUGUAGACGCUCUGCAUUGGUGCAGGGAGAACAAUUUAAGCAAAACUGGAACUGAUGUCUCUUCACGAGCAUUCCUUUUUCAUGGAAAUGUCUUGCAACCUCUUGAGGCCAAACGUGUCAGCAGAGAAGAAGACGGUUCUUCUGACCAAAAAUUAAUGGACACUCAGUUGCCCGUUAGAGACAUAGUCUGUGCUUUUAACUAUAGUUGUUGCUGCCUUCAUACCCGUCAAGAACUGGUCGAGUAUUUCGGGCACGUAUUGAGUGCCUUGAGCAAGAAAGGCGGCAUAUUUGUGAUGGAUCUUUAUGGAGGGACUUCAUCAGAGUGCGAGCUUCGCCUGCAGAGGAAAUUCCCUAAUUUCACGUAUGUUUGGGAGCAAACUGAGUUUGACAUCAUCAAGAGGAAGACAAGAAUCAGCCUUCAUUUCAAUCUGCAAAGGCCUCAAAGGAAACUUCGUCAUGCAUUUUCCUAUAGCUGGAGACUAUGGUCACUUCCUGAAGUAAGGGACUGUUUGGAAGAGGCUGGAUUUCGGGCUGUCCACUUUUGGAUGAGACAGAUGCCAAACAGUGGAGAGAUCAAAAGCUCAUAUGGGCUUUCGGCAGGGCAAGACGGUAAAUACGAGGAGGUCACGAACUUUCAACAACAGGAUUCAUGGAAUGCAUACAUUGUAGCUGUUGCAUCAGAUCAUAAUUAGUUAAACAAAUUAUCAUCUCGCGGUAUUCUUCACCCUUUUCUUAUUUUUCUGACUAUUAAUGUGGUUGAAGCACCUUAAGAUCAUUUAUGAUGCUUGGGCUUUGCAUGGUUUUUUUUCCCCCUUCAAAUGUAUUGUAUCAACAAUGUUUAGUCAAAAACCAUAUCAUUUUAUAUGAAAAAUAGUGUAGAAUUAAAAAAUAAAAAUUAUAUAUAUUAAAAUACUACAUCAAAA